AUGGCAGUCAACAUGAACGUCAAGGAGCUUCUGUUCAUAGAAGAUUCUGAUCUACUGAUACAGCAAGUCCAAGGUGAAUGGACUACCAAGAAUGUCAAGAUCCUUCCGCAUCUGUAUUGUGUAAAGGAGUUGUGCAAGAAGUUCACCAAGAUUGAGUUCAAACACAUUCCCAUGAUACAUAAUGAGUUUGCUGAUGCUUUCGCAACCUUGUCAUCUAUGAUCCAUCAUCCAGAUAAGAAAAUCGACCCUAUUGAUAUAGAGGUCCAGGAUCAUCAUGCGUACUGUUUCCAUGUAGAUGAAGAGCCAGACAAUAGGCCGUGGUACUACGACAAUAAAAGGUUCCUUGAAACAAGAGUGUACCCAGAGAAUGCCACCAAUGGUCAGAAGCGAGCACUCAGAAGGCUAGCAAAUCACUUUUUCCUUAAUAGGGAAUUCCUGUAUUCUGGAACCAGGCCUCUGACGCGAUCAGGGCAUAUUGUAAAUAACAAACCGUCUGCUCAAUCAAGCAGAGCACUUUGUAUAUAG